AUGACCCCCGAACCUCUACUAUCGGGUUACUCGAGCGACACCGUCGGCCCCUUGGAGCGAUGGAUGCGCCGCAUGUGGGGACUUCCCACCGGUCAAGGGUUAUGGGCGGAGCAUCCUUCCGUUGUGAGGCCAGGGCUGUUUUUCGGGAAGACGUUUGGCAGGCGAGCGCCAGGCUUCGUCAAGCGCGGCGUGAUGCACGAGACGGCCACUUGGGAGGAGGCCGAUCGCGAAACGGGAAGCGGCCUCGAUGGCGGAACCGUGUCGAAGCGUAUUGGUGGAUACAGGGAGUUUGAGAAGCGCCGGGGAUAUGACUUGAGGCUUCACAGGUUCGACAUGAGGCAGCAGAUGCGUGUUCAGUUCGCCGAGGGCAGAGACGAUGCCUUGAGGAGUGUGAGCCUGGGUGAAGACUUGUGGCACAUUCUCACCGUCGACAUGAGCCUGUCUCGAUUGUUGAUGUUGGAGAUAUACACCGAGUUUUUCUUCAUACUUAUCGGCGCGGUGCUUCUCACCCUAGUCGCCGCUGCGGAGGGGGCGAAUCUCGACUCGACGCUGUUUGGAGAAAAACUCUUGCUCAGCUUCACGACGGUUAGGAUCUCGACCGACUCCGUAUACGGCUGGGAGGAGAAGACCCCGAGCUCCAAGCCCGAGAUCAUCGUGCUCGCUUUGCUCGGAUGGUUCCACUGGCUGCUGUUGAGCGUCGCCGGUGCAAUCAUCGUCACCAGGGCGCUGAAGCCGCUGCAGCAGGUUGCCUUCGCGCCCGAUGCAAUCAUGAACGAUUCGGAGAUUUCUGUGCGUCUCAUCACCCUCCGACCCUCCGUGAUUCUGUACGACGUGCACGUCUACAUGAAGCUGAUCGCCGCGUUCAAGGAUCCGGAGACGGGCAACUACGUUGGGGCGCUGAGACCCAUUGAAAUAGCGCACACGAAGGGGCACUACGGGUUGUUCAAACACUUUCCGAUGACUGUGAAACACGACGUGACCGCUCCCGACUCGCCCCUGAGGGAGACCACCAUCGACCACAUCAUGCUUUUGGAGGUCACCGUGACGGCGACGGACAACAACGGUAAUCCGGUAUUCGCCGCCGCUAACUACAUGCCCCCGAAUUCGCAUAUCGUCAACUCCUCCAGUUUUCAGGGUGCCUACGGUGAAAAGAAGCUCUACCCGAGAUUGCUUCGAGGGCGGUGGAGAGAUCAAAUGCGGCCCUUCAAGGAGGCCAACACGGGCGCGCCGUUCAAGGCCACCGACAUGCCGAUGUACUUGUACAACAUGGACAACUUCCACGUCAUCGAGCUAGAACAGAAGGCCGAUUCCGACGAUUCUCCCGUGUGA